AUGGAAACCUGGGUGUUCAGUCGGUCGAACGGACGGGCGGGCGGACUCGAGCGUCACCAAGGAUACGACCUUGCCUCUGGUCAAGCCUCUGGCAAACUCAAUUGGAAGGUAACGUCAAUUCGUAGCGGAUUGCGCAAGCGUAAACGUCCCGAAUCGCCGCAAUGUACGGAUCCCCAAGUGACCGAAGAGUGGGUCGACGAAGACAAAUUGGAACUGUGGGAAAUUAAGCAGUAUGGAGAAAAGAUAGAGAAGGCUAAUGUCCAAGUUAUCACUAGGAGUCGUACCGGGAAUCUACCCCCAGCACGUGCAGUGACCGAGGUUCCCGCGGAAACCACACCUACCAAAGUGUCGGUUACCAGCAAGGCGACCCCCGAAGAGAUUAAAGAAAAAAUGGAACAGCAGUUGCGAUUGCAGCGAGCCGCCCAUCAACAAAAGAGGGCUUUGGAAUUGAAAAGUCCGCAAGGCCAGAUCAUUAAAAUGGUGGGCAACACGGCGCAAGCUGCCUCUACCACUACUGCUAGUACUAACACUUCUUCCGCUUCUACUAAAACUACAAUUCCUACUCCAAUUCAACCGAAAGUUACAACUGCAGAUGGUCAAAUGAAGAUUGUGAAGAAUGUCGUAAUGCCGGGCGCCAAUCUCUCGACGAAAUCGACUUUGACAUCCUUACUGACCGCUAAUACGACGCCGACCGGCAACAACAAGUUCACGGGACGUCGCAUCUUUAUGACCAAAGCGGCGGAUGGAACGACGAGAGUGAUCGCGGGAGCUGCGAACAUUCUGCCGAAAACCCCUCCGAAUUCGCAAUCGCUAAUUAAAGUGCAGACAUCGACGGUUCCAACUGUUCAACAGAUACAAGUCCAACAGCCAGUAACAACUGUACCAACCUCGACAACAACUACAACACUAAAAACCGCGGCGGAAACACCGCAACGCGUUCAAAUAAUGCGAUCACCGGACGGGCGACUAACGGUCAAAGGCCUAAUGCCAGGUCAACAAAUAGUACAAAUGCCGGAUGGAAAAUUGCAAGUGCUCACCACGACACAAAUACAUCCGGCAACAACCGCGCCAAAAACUCCGCCGGUGACGUCUACCAAAGCUAUUAUUAAAACGGCUAAUAAUCCAACAGGCAAAUUGGUCCUGCAGAGCGGUCAGUUGAAGACGGUACAACAAAUCCAACCUCAAAGUCCGACGAAAACGCAACAGAUCAUCGUCAAACAACAGGGUGCACCUCUGGUACAAAAAGCGGCGACCCCAAACUCGGUGGUGGUAAGCGGCGGUCAAGUCCUACAGCACCAAGUUGUUGUCGGCGGGCAGCAGGUGAUAACCACAUCCGGCCAACAACAGAUUGUUACCAACCAAAUAAUCGUAAACAACCCGACGCUCGCGCAACAGUUGGCGACUGGAAAGCUCCAAGUGGCGUCGGUUAACGGACAACAAGUGCUAAUCCGUCCAACGGGCAACGGACAGGCGCAAGUUGUCGCCCAAAUAACCCCUGGCAAUAUCGCUCACACCGCCCAGGUGCCGCAAGUCCAAACCGGCACGCCGAAUCGACAGGUCAUACAGCAGGUAUCGCAGCCGGUCGCUCAGGAGCAAAUGACCACGACGAAGAUAGUCCAGGAUAAUGCUAAUCAAGUUGACCAAGCUACGAUGGAGCAGUUACUCAUCGGGCAACCGCCCGGUACUGUGAUCAAGUGCGUUACGGCGCAAGUAAUUCAAACGCAACAAGGACCUCGAAUUGUUUUGCAAGGUUUGCAGGGCGCGGAUUUCACCCCCCAACAGUUGUCGGCGGUCCAACAUCAAGUUAAGCAGCAGCUGCUUAAAGCUCAAGCUUCGACCGGUAAACAGGGUGUCCUGGGGCCUACAAAAAUAUAUUUGGCGGUACAACCAACCGGCGCCGAAACCGUAGGAUCGCCGAAUUCUCAGCCUCCCCCCUUGGCGCCGGUACAGCAAGUUACGGCGCAACCUCAACCGCCAAUUCAAGAAAUUAAAAUACAGACGAAUCCUGUCCAGGCCAACUUUGAGAAAUCCAUUCAGCCAUCGCCAAACACAUUGCAGCCGACGACUGUACUUCAACAGGUGGCCAACGGCAAUUCGACUAGCGCAAUUCGUCAAGUACUAGUUAACGGGCAGCAAUCGUCCGCCUUACUUCAAGCGAUGAAGGCGAAUAUGGAGACGAAUCAACUGACUGCCGUAAUUCAACCGCCGCUUUCGACGAGCGAGGCCAAUAAGCAAUUUGUUGUUACGCCCGAUUACAUUCAGCAAACGAUUAAAACCGCUUUAAAACAAGAGAAUUUGAAUCCGGAAAUCGAGGAGAAAUUACUCCAGCUGCAACGAUACCAAGAGAACAAAAUGAAGCAGGAGCCCGAGUUACCGCCCGUGCUACCACGACCUAGCAAUCCUCCAAUAAUCAGUACGAUCCGCAUGCCCGUGCGCAAACGGCCGCCGAACUCGAGGGACGACGACACCGAAUGGGUCAUGGAGACACCCAAGCGUAGUCGGUUUACCAAGAGUAACGAAAUUAAAAAAGAGGAACCGCCUAUUCAUCAGAUAGUUAAAGAUAAACCGGUAUCGCCGCGCGCGCGAGUUAAGCUAAAAGACACGCAGGAAGACGAGAAACGUGUCGCGAUGAAAACGAAAAUUAUGGUUGCGCUCUUUCGUCAGAAGGAGGCGCUCAAAAAGGAAAUAUUGCGAAAGAGGGCGCUAUUGGAAAGAGAAUUGCAGUGUGAAAUACAGAAGGAGGUGGCAGAAGAAAUAGCGGCACAAACACGAUUAGAACGUACAAGACAAGAUGAGGUGCGUAGUGCGACAAACAGGCGCAGAUCCACAACAACCACGCUGCCACCCGCUCAGGUAUCUCCCUCGUCUCCUCCAAGCGUUAGCAACUUGACGCCUCCCAGUGCGAACACGAAUAAGAGCGCGGGAAGACCUCGACGGAAUCAGCGCCAACAGACGCCGACCUUGAACUCGCCCAAAAUUAAGAAGGAAAAAAUUUAUUGCGUAUGUCGAACGCCCUACGACGAAACUCGAUUUUACGUCGGUUGCGAUCUGUGCAACAAUUGGUUUCACGGCGAUUGCGUCGACAUUACGGAAGAAAGUAGCAAGACGAUGACGGAAUUCGUUUGUUCGGAAUGCAGGCACGCCCGUGACACCCAAGAGAUAUUCUGUUUGUGCCGACAGCCUUACGACGAAUCCCAGUUCUACAUUUGCUGCGACAGUUGCCAGGACUGGUUUCACGGUCGCUGUGUCGGCAUACUUCAGUCGGAAGCUGAUAGCAUCGACGAGUACGUUUGCCCGAAUUGCCAGAAGAAUUCCUCGGUCAACUUUGCCAAUAUGAAAAACUUGAGCGAUCGAGAUUUCGAGGGUCUGCGUAAAUUAAUUAAACAAUUACAGUGCCACAAAAGUGCUUGGCCCUUUAUGGAACCUGUCGAUCCAAACGAAGCACCCGAUUACUACCGAGUAAUUAAAGAACCAAUGGAUUUGCAGAAAGUCGAAACGAAAAUAACGGAGCAGUCGUACAACAAACUUAGCGAAUUUAUAGGAGACAUGACGAAGAUAUUCGAUAAUUGCCGUUACUAUAAUCCCAAAGAAUCUCCAUUUUUUAAAUGUGCGGAAUCCCUCGAAGCAUAUUUUGUAAAUAAAAUUCAGUUCUUGCGCGAGAAACUUUCAGAAAACAAUAGACAGUGAAUUGAAUUUUUGUAAAAAUAUUUUAAGUGUAUUUUAAGUUUGUUAUUUACGACAAUAGUAUAAGUAUAUUCUUUAUUUAUUGAGUUGUUCAGCAAAUUGUCGAUCUCCUUUUAAAAGUUUUUUUCUGAUUUGCUGAACUGUAUGUAAAUACCUAUAUAUAGUAUUAUUGUGAAUAAUACAGUACAUAAAGAUAUUGUUUCUUAUCAUUUUUUAAUUUGUAACGAAAAUUAGAUUUGUCCAUUUUAAAAAUAGAUAUUUAUCACUA